AGAGCUGCCACCCGGUUUACCGGCUGAUUUGAGGGAUAUAUUGAAGACGGCGACGAAGAGAACUGUCAUAAACUUCCGAAUGCAGUGGCUUGUGUGCGCAGGGGCAGACAAUGCCCAGCCUGUCAUGUUAUGACCUUGUUGCCAAGAAACCUUUAUUCAGUAGAAGGACAAACCCUCCAACAACAUUCAGAGGAGAGAAUGCACACAGCAAUGAGUUCUGGGGAUAUAUUGGAUUCAGGAACGUCCAUUCAUUUCAACAGAAAGCUCCUGUUCUCUGCCAGUCAAAAACUGACCUCAACCCGUGGCCAUAAGCUUACCCUUCCAAACAUAGCUGUCAGUCAGACUGACUUGUGGAAAAUAAAGCCCCCCGACUUUAGCCCUAAGCUGUACCGGAGUCUAAACUUGCCACGGAUCAAGAAAAAAACCCUCAACCCAGCCACACUCAAAGAUGGCUUGGCAGAAUUGUCUCCAAUGGUUGGUGAAAUGUCUCUACUCAUGCUACCAAAACUGGAAGAGAACAGGAAUAAACCACCGUUCAUAACAUCAUAUGGACCCCCUGGGUUGCUAGAAUUGAGGAUACUGUUUGUGAAGUCAGGACAGUUUCCCAGCAUUCCUUACAAGGACCCAAAGCCUCACAAUUUCAGACCUUGUGCUGAAGAGUUGCCUGAUAUGGUGACCUGUAUAGAAAAGGAUCCUGGAAACUUGAAGUUUAAGACUCAGUCCUUGGGUGCAAUUGCAGAAGUAAGAGCUGAAUCAGACCAUCCGCAUAGAGAGCCAACAAGGAGCAUGGACACCUUCAAACCAGCAGAACUUAAGUGGGAUCCAAGACUCAUACUGCCAAAGUCUCCUUGGCCACCCAAGUCGGCUUCAUACACAAGGCAUCGACGCAGAAGAGGAGUGCACAGUGCUUUCAUGGACCGUGUGGAGGAGAAGCUCACCAGAUCUUGGAUGAAAGAAUAGUAUAUUUUCUGAUCGUGGAAAAAUUCCUUCAGUCAAGUCAGACAAAACAAGUUCAGGCAGGUGUAGGUGACUUAUUGUCUAAACUGUCUUUCACCUGAUCCUUUGCAAAAAAAAAUUAGCAUUGCAUAACCUUUCUCUCAUGGCACAGACAUGAUCCUGCUCCACAGUAGGAGCUGGGGUGGGCAAAAGGGAUUCAAUUCAUAAUGGCUGUGGUUUUUGAAGUAUGCAUAUUUUCUCAAUUAAACAUCUCUGGUAAUAUUGGAGAAAAUGCACUGUCUAUGUGAUUCUUUUCACUGUGUCACUUGGAGGCAGCCAGUAUUUACAGGCUAUAUAAAAA